AUGAGCUUCCAGGACAUCGAAACUGGUCUCGCACAACGCCCAACGUCGCCUCGAAAUGGUAUCCCUCACUCGCAGGAAGACGCUGCGUUUUUGAAUCUGCAGUCGUCGCUCUCGUUGCAGGUCUUCAAGAUCAACUCGAAUGUUCAGGGAAUUUUGAAGUUGGUAGACCAGCUCGGCACGGCGAGAGACUCGCCCAAUCUAAGGAAGUCUCUUCAUGACCUGACGGAGUCCACUCGUGCGAUGGCAAAGCGCGGUUCGGAUGACCUGAAGACGUUGUCGGCAUUGCAGACCACUCUGCCUCGACAGAAGACCUCGCUGCAGAAGACCUCGCACGACUUCCAACUGUCCCUAGUUGCCUUCCAGCGAGCGCAGCAGGUCAGCGCGGAGAGGCAGCGGACAGUCGUUCAGGGCGUGAAGAUGGCGGUGGAGGACGAGGCUACGGCAGGAGAGGAGCGCCCCUCCAGCCCUACACCCUCGCAACGGCAAGCGCAGAUCCUCCAGAACCAGUUCUCGCCGCAAGAGCUCGCUUUCCAAGAGUCGCUGAUCCAGGAGCGCGAGGCCGAGAUUCGCGAGAUUGAGACGGGCAUCCACGAGCUGUCGGAGAUCUUCCGCGACCUCGGUACUCUGGUCCAGGAACAGGGCGGCAUGCUCGACAACAUCGAGUCGAACAUCUCUUCGAUUGCCGUCGACACCUCUGGCGCUGCCGAAGAGUUGCAGACUGCCCACGAGUAUCAACGCAAGGCCGGGCGGCGCGCGCUCUGCCUGAUGCUCAUCCUCGUUGUCGUCGUCGCCGUCGUCCUCCUCGCAGUGCGUAUCCUCAUCAAAGUCGCGCGUUGCUCGAGUGGAAUACCGAUGCUGUGUUAA